AGCAUGGAACAAAAUGCAUCUGAUUCAGAAUCUGUUUUUUGUACGUUUGUGGACAAAAAUGACCAUUCAAAAUAUCUGUGUUUCACACAAAAGAAGGCUGGAUGUAUGUGUGUUGGAUUGACAAAUGCUGAAGAUGUUUGGAAGGCCGAUCUUUCAGAGGAAGCCGUGGCUCAGCUUCGAAAGAAGUUUUCCCUAAAGUCAUCAGAGGACUUUGCCAAGAAGCUUAAGUCUGCAUGUGACAGUGGGAGCGCAUUUGUCUCUCUGGACAAGGACAGUGCUGUUCUCCAAUUUGGUCGUGAACCAGGAGAGAUUCACACGGCUCUGGCCAAACUCGGUGACUCUGAGGCAAAGGCAGAACUGAAGGAUGUGUUGUUUAGGAUUGCUGAUCGUCUUAGGCAACAGGAGAGUCAAGGAGUACCACCAUCAUUUAGUCCAGUGAAGAGCCCACAGAAGAGGAAUGCUGAAUUUGAACCAAGAAUGCAGCGUCAAAAUACAGCAGCGGUAGUUAGGAAACGUCUACCUGGGGAUUCACUCAUAAACCCAGGAACAAGAAGAAAACGACCUGCAACUGGUGUGGCCUUUGAUGAUGAAAAUGAUGGUGUAUGAAGAAAAAAAAUGCAUGCAGAAGUUCC